AUGGUGUUCCUGUCGCCGCUGGCCGAUUGGCUGGAGCACGAAUGGGAGAAGAAGACGAAGAACCGGGGCCCGCGCGCGCUCGGGAGCCUCGUCGAGGCGCUCGACGAGCUCGUGCACCACUACGAGGCGAAGCUCGACCGGGACCAGAAGAAGCAGGUGUCGACGUGCGUGCGGCAGCUCCGGCGGCGCGUGUCCCACGUGCGGAACAGCCUCAACUCCCUCGGCUCCGGGAGCGACAGCAGCGGCUCCGACGAGAGCGACAGCGGCUCCGACGGCGACGGCGCGCCGCUGGGCGAGCGGAAGAAGCGCAAGAAGAAGAAGGCCAAGGACUUCUCGAACACGCAGCAGGCCAUGAUGAAGACGGCGAUCCGCGACGCGCUCGGCGACGACUACGGCGGCCGCCCGAGCGGCGUGGGCUCCGCGUCCGCCGUCGUCGCGUCGCUCGACGAGGGCCUCGGCCGCGAGGACGGGAAGAAGAAGGACGGGGGCCGCGACUCGCCGGGCCCCGACGAGAAGAAGGCCGGCGAGUCGACGAAGCCGAGCCCGAGCAAGGGCAAGGCGUCGCUCAAGGGCGCGAUCAAGAAGAUCAGCCUCGGCCUGAAACUGAAGCGCGCGAUGAAGACCGGCGAGGGGGAGGCGUCCACGAGCCCCAUCCCCGUGCAGCGCGUCAUCGACGACUACGCCGCGCGCGUCGCCGGCGACGCCAAGGCCGCGGGCAAGGCCGCGGGCGACGGGGCCGUGCGGCGGCCGUCCUUCGCCAAUAUCGACGAGGGCACGGAGGAGAAGUCGCCCGAGGACGCGCACCGCGCGGUCGCCGCGGCCGCCGUCGCCGCGACGGGCGGCGCCCGGCCCGCGCCCGCCGCGCGCGCGCCGCGCCGGUCCUUCGGCGCGGGCGCGCGCGCGCUCGCCGCGGCCGCCGCGGGCGCGGUGUCCGCGACGGUGUCCGCCAAGCCCGCGGCGCCCGCGUCGACGCCCGUGACGGCCUUCGACGCCGAGGCCGAGGCGAAGCGGCCGCCGGAGGGGACGCGCGCGCCCCUGGAGCACGCGCGGUCCGCGACGUCCGCGGCGCUCGCGCACGCGGCGGCCGCGGAGGAGAAGAAGACCGACAAGCCUGCGGACCUCGGCGCGCUCUCGCCCGCGUCGCGGCGCAACUCGUUCCGGCGGUCGCGGGACGGCAUCGCCGACGCGGCCGCGCCGCGGCGGUCCGGCGAGCGGAGCCGCGACGACCCCCUGGGUCUGGGGCCGUCGCCCAAGGACGGCCCGAAACCGUCGCCGUCGCCGCGAAACAGCGGCGAGGCCGCGCGGCCGAGCCUGCUCCAGUCCCAGCGGCGGUCCUUCGGCGAGACGCUGGGCCAGCGCGGCGCCGCCGCGCGCGCCGAGGAGCCGAAGCGGCGGUCCUUGGGCGACGUGCCGACGCACGUCGCCGUCGCCGCCGCGCGGAACGGCGCGCUCCGCGUGGCGACGGGCCGCGACGACACGGACGUGACGACCAUGGGCAUGGACAAGUACCCCAAGGCCAAGGCCGACGUCCGCGCCGUCGAGGGCGGCGUCGUCGCGUCGCUCGAGGUUCUGGAGUCGGAGAAGAAGACGCACCGGCGGUCGUCGAAGGAGAUGCUCGAGGACCUCAUGAAGAAGCGGCGGAGCCGCGAGGAGAAGCCCGGCGAGGAGGAGGAGAAGGACGACACGAUCGGCGCGCUGCCCGGGCCCGGCGCGCGGUCGCGCGCGGGCUCCGCGUGCAAGGUCAUCCCCGAGGCGCACGCGGCCAAGGCCAAGGCCGACGACUUCCGGGACCCCGUCGCCGGGUCGUCGCGGGGCCGGGGCAGCCGCAAGUUCAACAUCCCCCAGAUCUUCGGCGGCGCCAAGGGCCACGAGAUUUUGGGGUCGCCGCGGCGCAUGUCCGCGUCGCUUCUCAGCUCCGACGACGUCGCCAAGCUCAUGGCCCAGACGUCGGGCUGGUCGCUGCCCGUCUUCCGGCGCCUGAGCGCCGGGCGCCUGGCCUGGGACGGCGUCGUCGCCGUCGUCUGCAUCAUGACGUUCGUCGUGGUCACGCUCCGCGUCGGCUUCGGGUGCCCCGCGAACCGGACUUCGGAGCGGAUCCUCGAGCUGCUCGGCGACGCCAUCAUGCUGCUGGACUGGGCCGUGACGGCGCGCACGACCUUCGUCGACAGCAACACGCUCGAGGAGGUAAACGAGGGCGGGCCCAUCUGGGACCACUACACGCGGACGCCCCACGCGGCCGUCGACGCGAUCUCCGCGCUGCCGACGCUGCGCUGGCUCGGCGCCUGGGGCCUCGUCCCGGCGACGGGGGGGCUCGCGGGCCGGCCCGGCGUCUGCGACGUCGUCCACCUGAUCAAGGUGCUGCGCAUGACGCGCAUCUGGCGCCUGAACCUCAUCAAGUCCGCGGUGAGCGGCUCCGUCGUGAACCCGUCCGCGCUGCGCUUCGGCGGGCUCAUGUUCUCCAGCAUGGGCACGUUGCACGUCAUCGCCUGCGUCUACUGGUACGUCUGCCGCCGCGUCUGGCCCACGCGGCGCUGGGACAACUCCGAGUGGCUGCCCUACCUCCACGGCGACCGCACGGGCGCGGCCUGGGAGCACGGCAAGGUGCCGUCGCUCGAGGUCAUCGCGUCGGCCUACUCCUGGGCGUCCUACUGGGCCAUCUCCAACGCUUUAGCCGACGGCCCGACGCCCCACAACACGCUCCAGUCCGCCUUCACGGCCGUCGUCUUCAUCAUCGGCCUCAUCUUCCAGUCGUUCUUCGUCGCGUCCGCGUCGAGCCUGCUCGCGAACAUGGACGCGACGCGGUCCGAGCGCGUGCGCCACCUCGAGCAGAUCCAGACCUUCCUCCGGAGCCGCAACAUCCCGAGCCGCACGCUGAACAAGGUCGUGUCCUACUACCAGUACCUCUGGCUCUGCGGCGACGGCAGCGGCGUCGAGAAGCUCAUGCGCGACAUCCCGCGGACGCUCAAGGCCGAGAUCGACCUCUACCUGAAGCGGCGCCUCAUCGAGUCCGUGCCCUUCUUCCGCACGUGCUCCGUCGCGGAGAUCCUCACGGUCGUCCAGUCGCUCCGGCCGCGGAUCAUGAUGCCCAAGGACUACAUCAUCCGCCAGGGCGACCAGGGCGACGAGAUGUACUUCAUCGUCCGCGGCAACGCCAACGUCGUCGUCGCCAAGGCCGGCAUGCCCGACGUCGUCGUCGUCACGCUCCGCCAGGGCCAGUUCUUCGGCGAGUCCGCGCUCAUGGAGGGCGACAUCGCCGUGCGCAACGCGUCCGUGCGCUCCGAGGGCUUCAGCGAGCUCAUGUCCCUGAGCCGCGCGGACUUCCGCGAGAUGACGAUCCAGUUCCCCCACUUCAAGGAGUUCGUGCAGAAGCUCGCGCGCGAGCGCGCGCGCGCGAAGAAGGAGAAGGAGGACAAGGAGCGCGAGAAGAGCGGCUCCGGCCGCCGCGGGUCCAUGGUGCGCCGCGAGAGCUCGCGCAUGGGCACGCUGCGCCGGUCCAUCUCGUCCAUCCGCACGAACACGGUCGUCGACCGGUCGCCGUCCGUCUCCGGCCGCGGCGGCGGCGACUCGUCGACGGACGGCGAGGGCGCGGCGUCGCCGUCCGAGUCCGGCCGCCGGGGCCUGGGCCGCUUCGGCCAGGGCCUGCGCCAGGCGUCCUUCUCCGCGCGCGGCUCCAUCAGCGGCCUCGUGGGCAAGCGCGGGUCGCUCACGCCCGCGGACGCGCCCAUCGUCGAGGGCGAGGAGAAGGGCGGCGACGAGCCCGCCGCGCCGCCGUCGCCGAAUUCGCCGCGGUCGCCGGCGCCGACGUCGACGACGGAGACGCUCAUCGACCGCAUGCACGCGCGCGGCCACCUGAGCCGCGGCCUGAGCCGCAACGCGUCCAUGGGCGACCGCCAGUCGUCGACGGCGAGCCGCGCGUCCGCGGGCUCCGGCGGCAAGGGCGACGGCGAGACCGCGUCCCUCAAGCUCGAGGAGGCCGACGGCGACGGGGACGGCGCCGGCGGCGCCGCGGACCGCGACCCGACGAUCGGCGUGAACUACGUCGACGCGCCGACGCCCGGGCCGAGCCGCGCGCCGCCGAAGCGCGGCAACAUGCGCGCCAACUCCAUCAACCUCAUCUCGUCGGGCAUGGACCGCCUCGGCCUCGCGUCGAAGUCGCGCGUCGCCGGCGCCUCCGGCGCGGCGCGCUCCCGGCCCGGGGGCCUCCUGUCGCGGAGCCCGUCCGUGGAGAACCGCGCGUCCGGCUCCGUCUUCGACGAGGUCGCGCGGAGCCUCGAGCGCGCGCCCGUCGAGGCCAUCACGGGCGGCUCGCCCCUGUUGGGGGACCGCGCGUCCGCGGACCGGAGCUCCGCGGAGCGCACGCGCCACUCCAUCACCGAGGUCAACGAGGACGACGGCGAGGCGGCCGCGCCGACGCCCGCGCCCGCGCCGGCGUCCGCGCGCGCGUCCCACUCGGACUCCGUGGACCUCGAGGAGGCCGAGAAGAUCUUCUCCCUCGACGCCUCGCGCGGCGACGGCGGCUGGGGCGUCGAGACCGGCGCGACCUCGACGGGCGGCGACGACCGCGGCUUCGACGGCGCCGCGGGCGCCGCGGCGGCCUCGGGCGCGGCCGGCGGCGGCGGCGCGGCCGCGGCCGGCGGCGGCGGAGGAGGGAUCGACGACUGCCGCGGCCGCGAGUCCGCGGCGGGCGCGGCGGGCGGCGGCGGCGGCGGCGGAGGCGGCGCGGAGGCCGUGGGCAGCGGCGGCGGCGGCGGCGGCGGCGCGGCGGCCGUGGGCAGCGGCGGCGGCGGCGGCGGUGGCGCAGCGGCCGCGGGCGGCGGCGGGGGGGGGCGCGAAGCGACGGUCGGCGGCGCCGGCGGCGCCGGCGGCGGCGCGGGCGGCGGCGGGGGCGGCGCGACGGUCGGCGGCGGCGGCGGGGGCGGCGCGACGGCCGCGGAAGGCACGCCGCCGAAAGCAGUGAUGAUCUCGUCGACGUUCUUCGUGAAGCUGUCGAGCUGGCGUCCCUGGCUGAGCGGUCUUCCGCUCGGCCCGAUGCGCUCGCCGAGCGUCGAGAGCACGGCGCGCAUGACCUUCGCAUCGGGCACGUAUCGCUCGCCGGGGGCGGCAACGGGCGCCGCGGGCGGUGCGGGCGGCACGGCUGCCGCGGGAGCGCCGCUCUUGGCGGCCUGCGCCGCGGCCCGCGCCGCGGCGUAA